AUGCAGAUCUUGUGCUCUUAUUGUGAAAAACUGACUGAUGUGGCCUCGGGCUACAGGACUCUGAGGACCCUUCAGGACCUGGACCAGAACCACAGAGUCCACUACAGACCAUCCCAGUCCACUACAGACCACCACAGUCCACUACAGACCAUCCCAGUCCACUACAGACCACCACAGUCCACUACAGACCAUCCCAGUCCACUACAGACCAUCCCAGUCUACUACAGACCAUUCCAGUCCACUACAGACCACCACAGUCCACUACAGACCACCACAGUCUACUACAGACCAUCCCAGUCCACUACAGACCACCACAGUCCACUACAGACCAUCCCAGUCCACUACAGACCACCACAGUCCACUACAGACCACCACAGUCUACUACAGACCAUCCCAGUCUACUACAGACCACCACAGUCCACUACAGACCACCACAGUCUACUACAGACCAUCCCAGUCCACUACAGACCACCACAGUCCACUACAGACCAUCCCAGUCCACUACAGACCAUCCCAGUCCACUACAGACCACCACAGUCCACUACAGACCACCACAGUCUACUACAGACCAUCCCAGUCUACUACAGACCAUCCCAGUCCACUACAGACCACCACAGUCUACUACAGACCAUCCCAGUCUACUACAGACCAUCCCAGUCCACUACAGACCACCACAGUCUACUACAGACCAUCCCAGUCUACUACAGACCAUCCCAGUCCACUACAGACCAUCCCAGUCCACUACAGACCACCACAGUCCACUACAGACCACCACAGUCUACUACAGACCAUCCCAGUCUACUACAGACCAUCCCAGUCCACUACAGUCCACUACAGACCACCACAGUCUACUACAGACAGUUCUUUUUAGGUUUAGUUCAUGUUCAU